GGGUUACAUAAACAUCAGAGGUCAGAUGCACUCACACUCACAGCCAUGUAGACUAAAGCGCUUACGCAGACCGACGACCCCACUCCCAGCCAAGUGUCUGAGAAGCCCCGCCCCCUCCAGCUUGAGUUACCUGCAGACUCACCUAUCACUCACCUGCUCCCGCGUUGGUGCCUCCUCAGUGACCGUAUGUCUGGUAACCGGUGAAAAAAAACAACAUCAGCGUUUUGUAAGAUUUUCAGAUUGUAACGAAAAACAAACGGAUCCAAACUUUGUCGGAGUUUAUCGUCCUGGUCGUCCUGGUGGGCUGCGAUGGCAGGCUGAUGGUAUAUUUUUGACACCUCGACUGAGCAUCCCGUCCGGAAAAACACUAACACAAAACAGUGUGUUUCUGUGAGAGGUAAAAGAUACUCUUUAUCUUUGUUUUUCUGUCUUUCUCUUUCUUUAUGAAGCUGUUUUUGUGGGUCAGUGACACAAAACGAUUCUUCUCAGUAAAGCUUCAGACUGGCAUAACCGGCUCCUCUGUGCAAAACUUCCAUGUGACUGUCAUGGAGCUUACUUCCAUUUCUUACAUUGUCCUCUUAAGAAGAACAAUCGCCUGGUUACCUUUGAAUCUGAUGUUUUAACUGAACCAUCUAAGGCUCAAGUUUAAAACUGAUUGUACAGUUGUGGUUUAGUAUGAGUGGCUUACAGUUUUGUGGUUAAGGAAGCCAAAAUAUCUCUGAGACUCUGUGAGCAAAUUUAGCCUUUUCUGGGAUGAUACCUCUUGGAAUCAGUCCUGCAACUAUUUCCAGAAACUCAUCCAUUUCCCCCAGUGUAACUCAUAUAGUAAUACCUGUCCUGAUUCAGGAUGUAAAAGAGCAGAAAAUGUAUGUUGCCACCACCAAAUUUCAUCUAAAUGGGCUUGAAUUACUGCACAUUUCCCACCACUGGGAGUAAUGUGCUUUUAUUAGGGUUCAUCAUAUUCAGGAAUAACCUCAUGACAGGCACCACUAUGAAAGAAACAAGGAAAAACUUUGCUUAUUUGAGAAUCAAUAUUUCAGGCGUGACAAAAGUGUUUUUCCUCUGUGUGUGUUGGGAGAGUUACAUAAGUGUAAUGUGAACAAAUCGGUGAAAUCGGAGCUGAUUUCGUCUAGUGCUUCUCAUCUGUGCACUGAUUCAGAGAACGUACCAUUAAUCUGUAGGUCUCUGUUCAUAAUACAUACUAUAACAUCAUCAUCAGGUGUCAUAACAGUGCGAUGUGAUUCAGAUGGAGGACUGUGUGUCAAGACAUACAUUAAAUCAGAUAACUGUUAUCUUACAAAAUGCUUAUUCAGCAGUGUGGAGCAAAGUCCUGGUCUAUAAUAUCAGAGAAGCUUACAUAUUGUUAUUUUUACUCAUUACAUAAGCUUUUGGUGCCAAUGUUAGUCUUGCCCAAAACUGUCAGGAAGCCUGACUGAUGAUACGUUACAUUUACAGUUUGAACAGAUUUGAACAGUGUCACUUUGAAAUUUUGAUCCAACUCAAUUUCUAAGUUUUUAAAGCUGCAGUUGACUGAAGGAAAAAAAAAACACUCCAGCAUUUUGUUAUAUAGGCUGGUUUAUUUGUAUUUUUUCUUCUUUUGCUUGUCUGGUGUGUUGAUUGUCGUCAAUGCCAGCCACAUGACUGAAACCACACGCUUAAAACAUGACAUGGUCUGAGGAAGUCUGAGCCAAAGUUCUCAUUGCUCUGAAACGAUGUGUCGUCACAGAGAGCAGCAGGAAUAUAAACAGUACUUGCCCAACUUCAUUCCAUCAAAUAUAAAAGUCAAAACACCCAGACAUAGUCAGAAUUUAAAACAAAAGAUGGCCGACUUUAAUGGAUAAGACAUCCCACUGUUUUAAGUGACACCAAGAUAAGCCUCUUGCACACUUCAUAUCUGUUUCUGCACUUAUUAUUGUCAGUCUUAUAGUCUGUGGAUAAAGAGUCGUCGUUAUAGAACAAUGAACAAUGAGCACGUCAGGCUGAAAGCAGGAGAGGUGUGCAGAGGGCCUCUCGCCAUAAGGCUGACAACACAUGACACUCCACCUGUCCUACUCAAGCUUCACCUCACCUCCUGAAACCUGGCGGAGAGCCACGGCAGGAACAAUAGAGUAGAGAGGAGAUGACCAGCAAGAUAAAGGCAGAAAGAGGAAGUCUACCUUUUGCGUAGAGUUAAAUAAAGUAAAUACGACCUGUUUUUGUUGUUCAUUUGCAUUCUCAGGAGGAAUUUGAUUCUAUCGUCCUGAACCAUACUCAUGGAGUUAGUCUACAAGUAAAUAAAAGUGUCUUCAGGAUGCGUAGUUACUCACAUGCUGACUGUAAAAGUUGUUGUGAUUUAGCUUUGCUCUGUUUGAGAAGAUAUGAGAGGAUUAUCUGCUGGGGCCGAUUAUGUUUAUGAUGAGCUGUGAGAUAAGCUCGAGUGACCGCAGCUGUCACUUGUCGGACUGUUUACAUUAUGCAUCUUUGUAUGUGGAGUUUACAGCAGGUCAUUAUGCAAAAGCAGGUUUAUGGUCCAGAAAGGAGGCAAGGCGGGUCAAGAGGAAAUAGUAACCCUGUGAAACUGACAUGGACGAUCAUAACAGUCUAGUUUGAAAAUGAGACUUAAAUGUUUACAGCUAUCCCAGGAGGCAAGGCCAGUAUCUUACCUUUGUGGAUUCAUACUUUUAACAAUAAAACAACUUCACAAGUGACUUUCAGUGAUACAGGAAGAGGAGAAGUCAACUGAGGUAAAAGGUAAAAGGCGAUCCUUAUCUCUGGAGAGCCACACACACGUUGUGUAACAGCUCAUUAGGGUCCACAGUCAGACCAGGUACUGAUACAGUAGGUGUAAAGCUGUGGUGUUUGAUGUAAGCCCGAUAUAGGUGUUACAUAAUCCUUUAAACACAUGCCUUAACACAGACGAGUCGUUCUGUUUCAUAUAGAAAUGUAUGAUGUUGUAUCAUCUCAUAUCAUAUAUAGGGUAAUAGGGUUGUACAGUAAAGUAUCUUAUCAUGUUGUGUCCUAAUAUAUCAUUUCGCAUCAUGUAUCAUACUUUGUCAUAUUUAUAAUACAUCACAUAUCACUUUGGGUUGAAUUGUACUGUUUGGUAUCGUAUCAUACAUUGUUUUUUCUUAGACCAUGCUGAUUUUUGUAUUGUUUCUAUGGCUGACCGAAUUAAUUGAUUGCAGCUAAGUAAUUAAUGGUGAAGAUCUAAUUACACAAAGAAUAUUAGCCUGCUGUCUGCUGUCGUUCACAGUCAGUCUCUAAACUAUCACCAGUACAGGCCUAACGCCUGGCUUUGUUUUGCAGGUUUGUUAUGUAGGUUACAGCUCAAUUUUAUUCACAACCUUUGUGAAAAACAUAAAGUUAUAAAUCUUGAAAUUUCUAAGCUCAAGAGAGGAAAAUGGUAUGAUGUCUGAUGCAACAGGCUUAAAGAAGAGCGAGUCAGGUAAAUAAUGCAUGACUGUUUUGGUAGAACGCGUACCCUCCAGCGUCUGCCGUUUUUCUGUCUUUCCUUUAAACCCACCCUUUUUCUGGUUGUCAACCUCUUUUUUCUUUUUCAGGUUGAUGCCUGAAAUCAUGAGUGCGCCAGGACCUCCACAGAGGCAAACCAAGUAAGUGUCGCACACAUUCCUACCCCACCACCACCACCACCUUCACGUUUACCUUUUUGAUAGCACGCUGACUCACUGUCACUCAGGUCCCUGAGAAUCACUAACCUGGUAUGCAGAGGGUGCUGUGGGUCAGGGACCUCGGGCACAGAGCGGCUCUGUUGAAAACUGUCUGCUUUGCUCGGGUUCCUGGCUCCAGCCUCCCAAAUACAACCCCCCCCUCUUCCUCCCCCAUCUCUCCCUUUCCACUCUCCCUCUCUCUCUCUCUCUCUCUCUCACUCCCUCCCUGGCUGGUCCAUAUGCUCAAAAUCUCAGGCUAAUCUCAUCCAGUCCUGGCCAGUCGGCUUACUGUAUAUCACAAAUCGUUUAUGCGCUCAUAACAAGUGACAGUGCAGGAGUUUCAGAGGGUUUGGGACACUGACAUCCAGAGGUGCAGGGGGCCCAAGAUGAAGAGCAUGCAGCGUAACCUCGUCUCUCCCUCUUGUUAUUGCAGUGGAGUGGCCAGAUCGGACAGCAAGAUCAGCGCCAAGGCCCUCUAUGGUAAGUGAUCUCUGGAGUGUUAUAAGGUUGUUGGCUAGUUUUCAAGACUUUAUGAGUCUUUCAUAAAUAGUUAUCACUGCCCUGUAUUCAUCUGGCAUGAGUCAGUUCAGGCAGUUUAAUCUAGGUGAUUACUUAAUAUAUCGCCUGUAUCCUUCUUCAUUAUUACCUGUUAUUAGUUCUUAAAGUUGGAAAUGUAUUUUAUCCUUAUAAGAUCCUUUGAAAGAGGAACAGAUUUAUUCUAGUCUAUAAAAGUUGUGUUUUACUGUGGUGUGCUAUUUUAUUACGGUGAAUAAAGGCACUGCUGUACAUUCAAAUCAAUCCCACUCAGACUAUCCUGCAGUCUUGAAUAUUCACAGGUGCACCACAUGAGCAUUAAUCUGCUGCUAUGUAAAGAAUACAACGCUUAUAAUACUCUCUCAAAAGUAGAAACAAACUACAAACUACAAACUAGCUGUUUACAAAGGAAUUCCUUUUCUAAGAUAGAAAAGAAAUUGUUACAAAUUGUCAGUAAAUAGAGGAGAUAAUGGUAGCGGUAUCUUUUGAUCUUGCUCCAAACUGCAUAUCCUCAAAUUGUGGAUCAGUACUGUAAUUCACUCAAAUCACAACAACAUUUGAUUUGCCAUGCAAACGACUCUGUCAGGAAAUCCCGCAAUCUCACUCUGCUGCAUAACACCACAGCCGCACGGCCUCACUCACUAACCUAUCACAGUCCUUUCCUGAACACACACACCAGCAGUGAUAACAGGGGGCCAAGGUCCUGCUGAGGGGCCUGUGGAGCUCCAUCUCUGGGGCACGGGAGGGAAGCUAUGCUCCUGGAGGGAACAGAGUUUUCUGCUCUGUGCCAGGCUUGCACAGCAUGCUGGGAUUUGUUGCCAGAUGCUUCAUGUUUUUCCUGUUUGUCUGCACUUUGUAUUCGGGUUGUGCGGGGACAUAAACUCACAAAGUCUAACUUUAAGCCGUUCGUACAUACGUAUGCAUGUUUAUUAUAGUGUCUGUCUGCACCACAGAUAUGUCAGGACGGUGUUAAAACUCAUACCAUGACGUUUUUAUUUCAGCUGAAACAUAUUUGUGUAAGGGUGUGUGGGAGCGUAACUGAAAUGUGCUAUGCUGCAUUGGCAGGGUGUGCCUGUUUUUAAUGUGUGGUUGGAACAGGGUGGGGAUGCCCGUGUCUUGCAGGUGAAUAAAAGAGGCAUUGAAAAGAGGAAAAGAAGAGGUGGACUCUGGCCUUCUGGCCCUGCCUGUGCUGCCUCAGACAUUAGCUCACUGGUCCCUGCUGGCAACUCCCUCUUCACUCGAACAUAGAGGAAUAUUGUGCAGCAUAUCAUAGGCUCAGAUAGAAACUUACACCAAGGUAUGACAGGAAAACCUGCUGGCAUGCACGACUGCACUGCUCUUUAAAGAAUGGCCUCAUAUGACAGAUGAUGUUGUUUUAAGGUUGCAAGAUGUUCCCAUACCGCCUGACCUUGUAUCUUGUCUGUGAAACACUCUUAUGCUAUAAGUCAUCCAGAACUCCACAGGAUGCACCCACUCCUGCGAUCGCUGUGAAGAAAUAUCUGUGCUUUGUCUCCUUCUGUGCAGCAGAUGGUCACCACUACUUCCUCUCUGCGGGAUGACAUAAGCGUGCCUGUCCUCCCAAACCAGAGUCCACAAUAUUGUUCAUCCAAAACAGGGACAGAUAUUUGGUUUUCUUGCUCCUAGCUGAAUAAACAGCGAGAGAAACAACAGCAAGAGUCUGAGAUCAAUCUCCUGUAUGCAAAAACUACCCAUCAUUUACACAGAGCAGGGCAGCAGUCAACUGAUGCAAAUGUCGCACAAGUCCUCCUACCUGAUCUGUUUGUUAUCAGCAGCUUUCAGAUCAGAGAGGAAGCACUUCACACUCACCACACAAGGACUACAGACCAUCCAGCAGUCUUUUGGGUGUCUCGGUUUUUAGGGGGGAGCAUGCCUCUGUCAGGUAAAAUGUGUGUGGGCUUUGAGACUGGAUCAACAGGUAGAAUUUUAAUGAGUUAACUUUAAUCUGUACUGCUUUCUUGUUAUUUUUUGUCGUCUUUGUGACAGAUUUACCACUUAUUUUCUCCAAGUCUGCCUUGCUAAUGCUGUUCCUCUGUUGCUUGUGUUUAUCUGUUAUGGGAACAGCAGCUUUGUUAGUGUAUAUAUUUAAAAAAAAAGUAAAAAUAUAGUUAAAAAAAUAAUGAUUUGUGUUUGGUAUGUAGAUCUCUGUUCAGACAGGUCAUCUCUUUGGUGAAUCAGGCUAAGGUGUGACAGUUCGGUAUUUUCCAAAGACGUUUGGUCAGUUCUUUGUGAACAAAGCAGCAAACUUUUCAAGUCAUGGGCUGAGGCUGAAGCCACAUAAUGAAAAGAAAUGUAGACAUGAGCUUGAGCCGCCACGGUUGCUUCCUGUUAGCGCUAACUUUCAGGCUUUUAAGGGUUCAAAGAGGCAAAAACAGCCUCAUGAAAUGUAAUCAAAUUUGUUUGGUGUUAGGCGACUGUCAGAACUUGGAUUGUUUAAUGGUAGUUAUUAUAAGGUUGGUUUAGCUGAUUGAUCUGGCUGAUGUAUUGGUUUGAGAAUCUGCCAAGCAGCCAUGUUUAUUGCUGGUCAUUGACUCAUAGGACAGUUCUGAGGAUCUGCCCAUCUGCCUACUAAGUGGCUCUUAUUGCAAGCUGUUGCGGCACUGUGAAUUGAUUGGCAUAAAUGUCAGUCAUUAAUAAGACAUGGAGGGAGCUCGACUUUCAGAACAACACCUGACUCUUGUGUUUCACCUGCGUGGAGCGGAGCUGGAAGGGAUCGGUGGAGAGGAAAUGGCAGGAACAGGAAAGAAUUGCUUGCGUCAUAAGGACAGUGAGAGCUCUUAGCAUGGAAAGUUAUCACCUUAGAAACCCUUUUUUGUUUGUUUACAUCACAAUAAGACAGCGAUAAAGAGGACGGCAAAUAUUGGAAUAGAGCCUUGACACAGUUUUAGUUGAGUGUUUCACAAAUAGUAAAGCCUUAGUGACACAUUCACUUUCAAAGCUCAGAAAGAAAAGUGUGGCUGGAUGUCUGAGUAAUGAGAAAGAAGGAGUGACUUGAAUAUCAGAGUGUUGACUCCUGCCUUGGGGACAGUAAGGGAGACCUGAUAGGAGCCCUGUCAGUGGGGCUGAUAGGAACAUGCUCUCAUUUAGCCGUAAUUGUUACCUGCGGACUAUUCACCUGGUAAAUAGGUCAAUGAGCAUACUGGCACACUCCUUUAACAUUGGCCUGUUAAAAAACGACCGUUCUAGCCAACAGUACAAACAACCCUAUGAACAAGGCUAGUUAAAGUAUUGAAUUUCACCCAGUUUCACCAGUGUUUGAAAAAAAGAAAACGUCUGCACUCAGAGGACCUGACUCUGUUUUUGAUAUCUUGUUUCUUUUAAAAGGCUUCAGCUGAGUGUCCGAGCUUUAAUCCUCUGGUUCACCCUCACUGAUGUCGUGCUGUCAUUUUUGACAGACUAACAGGAGAGCAAAUAGUCAGAAAUAUGUUUGUCUUGUGUUGAUCAAGUCAGCGAACACUUGACUUGCUUGUAACGUGGUACUUAUGAGGUUUUAAAAAGUCAUAUUUAUAGAUUCUGACUUUGAGACCACUGUACAAUACUGUUAAGCUUAGUAGCAUUUCAUUAGAUAAUCAUGAGAGAAAAUAUUAAAGAUAACCAGAUAAUUAAUCAAUAAAGAGUAUUUAACAGUCUGAGUGGUUUAUGACUUUGACAGUUAUAACUCCGAUUAUUGAUCGUAUAUAAUCUUUUAUUGGUGAUGUAGUAAUCAACAGUGCAUGACUGAGUUUUGCAUUAACUCGUGAUUGCCUGGGCUUGAAGCAUUGACAGUAUUAUUGGGUGUUUCGAAAUGAGAAAUGCACCUUAUCAAGAUGAAAAGUGUCCUCAGUGUCCGUGGUGUGGAUUCAUGUGGUGCUGUCAGAUCUGCUGUAAUCUCCUAUGAUCACCCAUUUUUCUUACCUGCUUUUUUCUGCACUUUCUUCUUCACUCAAACACGUUUUCUUAACAGCUUUUCAGGGGAAAUUGAAAGUAUUUCACUAACCUGGUUAUAUGUUUACAUGUGACAGCUCAUAAAACUCUGCCAUGGAUGAGGAAAUGAAUACAGUGUAUUAUUGAUCUUUGACACUGCAACAGACCUGAUUGCCAACCUGGCAAGCUUAAUGUUUUAUGAUAGAGGGCAGAUGAAAUCACAUAAGCUUUUGGAUACAUGAUUUAAAAGUAGACUUCUUAAAAUGAUCUGUUGUUGGUUUAUCUGACCUCUCACCACACUCAAAAUUAGCCUAAAGAUGUAAAAUCACAACUUUAGUGUCACUUCAAUAAAAUAUUUGAGAAAGAAAAGCCCUAAAGUUUUUCUCUGUGGUAUUUAAUAAACGAUCAUGGGUUCAGAAUAUCAUUUUAAAGUAAAUAUUUAUAUGUCUUCUAGCAUGAACUGUAAUGAGGUCGAGAUGUAGGAUUGCCCUUUGAGGCCAUUCAUAAAAGCAUUACGUGUCCUCUUUACUUCCUUAUUGCCCAUCUGGUCUUCACAGCUCACACGCUUACGUUUGUUUCAUUUGCUCUGUCUGCUGUAACGUGCAAACAUGUGGACUUUAGGUCAGUGCCACUGCUGGCUGUUUACAUCGUGGGCAGAUUGCAGGUCAAUUUGGUGAUUUCUCAGACAUGGUUUUUAAAGUUUUUUUCUCUCUUUCAACAGAACAAAGAAAAAAAUACUCCAACUCCAAUUUCAUCAUGCAUGAGACUUCGCAGUAUCAUGUAGAGGUAAGAUCUGCUCCUGUUCUCUCAGAAAUUGAAGCUGGGUUUGUAAUUUUAGUUAUUUGUCUGUAAGAAUGAUUAACAGUGAGAAUGAUUAACAGUAUAUUUAUCAGAUGUUUUUUAAGAGUGCAGCUUAACAGAUCAGAGUUAGAUUGACUUCAACAUUCAUUACCUCUCUAAUUAGUUAAAGUCUAAACUUUUUCUUAUACUUAUUCUUCAAAGUUGGAGCUUAGAGAUAAUUUUAAUAGAUUAAAAAGUUCUUUUUUUAAUUACUGGGUCAUCUCAGAGGCCCCAUAGAGUGGCUGUACUCCUUAUUACAGCAAACACAGGUUCAAUUCUAACCUCAGAAAAUACAAAUAAAAAUGUAAUGUAUUUUAGGGAAACCUCAUCUUAAGUGAUCAUAAAUACAUAUACUGGUGGUUCUCUAUCUGUGUCACUGUGUAAGUCAUCACCUUGUAUUACUUAAAUUUUCAUUUUCUUUUUAUUGCAACUUCUACAUUAUUUUAGUUCUUUGUCCAGUGCACAUACUACCCAUUUACGUGCACUGUGACCGCAGAGAAUAAAAGGAUGUUAGCAGGGAUGUUUUGUUUUCUCAGUUUUAAAACUUAAUUUUUGACACAAAAAGAGAAGACUUACUUGUACCAAAGUUUUUUUUUUAUAUAAUUUUAUAUUAAAAAUAUUGGAAAAGCUGAAACAACCCUGGAAUGUUCUACAAAUGCAUGUGCUUAUAUGUACUUAAGAAAAGUCACCAAAGAAGAAAAAAACAUAAUAAAUUUAAAAGUACUUACCCUUAAUCUGAUGGUAUAUUGCACUUUUACAUUGAGAUAAAAGCUGAUACCUUGGUUUAUCUCUUGAGUUCAUCAUAUUUACGGGAACUCAAUCAUAAUAAAACAAUCAGGCCUGUGAUUGCAGCAGAGGGGGGCUGAUGUACAGGUGCUUCAGUUCACAUAUGUAUAUGUUGAACCACAGCUGAGUGAGUAGCAUAUGUGAUAAUAUCUCCCUAUUAUCACAAAUGGGCAGGUAAUUAUUGAUAACAGCAGUGUAUGUGACUAUAAGGCAGAUUUUACAUACAGGAAGACAUGGCAGUAAUUUAUACAGUUCAGUGACACCGUCAGCUGCAGGCAUUUGAAUAAAACAAAAUAUAUUACGAUACUAACUGAGGUUUAAUGGUCAGCUUUGUACCAACAUUCAACACACUAAAGGUUAGCUAUUUCAAGUUUUCUUGUCUUAAUGCUAGCUCAGCUAACUGACUGCUGUCUCUCCCUCUAUGCUGGAUAGAGAAGCUCAAUAAAGGGUUCAUUUUUGUUAACUCUAAGCAACUAAAUCAUUCAAAAAUGUACACUCAUACAACCAAAUAACGAGAAAUCAUGUUAUAUAGGUUUUGUGUGUAUUAUUACUAUCAACCUUUCAUUCUUUGUAUAUUAUUUACUCUUAGUUAGCACUGAAUCACUUUCUCACAUGGAUAAUAAUCUUGUCUUUCAUUUAACAAUCCCUCGUUUCCUCCCUAGCAUCUCUCCACAUUUAUCAUGGACAAGACAGAAUCCAUCUCUACGGUGGAUGAUGCUGUCAAAAAACUGGUUCUCCUGGACUCAAAAGACAAAAUCUGGACCCAGGAGAUGCUCCUGCAGGUCACUGACAAGGCGGUCAGACUGCUGGACUGUGACACACAGGUAGGGCUACACGUCUAAUUUUCAUCAUCAGUUACAGUCAUUGAGUAUAGUGUGUAUAUACAAAAAGCAUAUGCAUGUGUAAGCUCUGUCUGUACUUUUUCAUCACCUUACAUUACUGCUCAGGUUCACUUAAACUCUCACUUAUACAACCUUUUUUUUCCAUGACUAAACUCGUGUUUAGUAAGGAAAAGGAAGGAAAGGGAAACUAAGUUAUUUCUGAAGAGCUUGGCUUGCUACAGUAUUUACCUCAGUUUCCAGUUUAAGUACAGAGUCAUGCAAAUAAAUGUUGAAGCACUUAAGUUCUGUUUUACACAGACCAGUUAUAACUUUAUGAACACCUGGGCAGUCUAAGUGUUUAAUUGUUUAAGUCAUGCAUGGUGUUGGUAGUGUACAGGAGUGCAUUACAUAAUAUUUUUCUUCUCUCAUGUUUCUUGAUGAAGUGUACAAAAUAUAAGGAACACAUUUCAAAGUACCACCACCGACGGCUACGUCUUUAGUAAUCAAUAUAAAGUAUAAUAAGUACCUGUCUGAUCAUGUCAACAAAAAUAGAAAAAAUAUGAAUCACCUAAAAGUAGAUUAUAAUAGAGCUGCUGUAGGGAAUUAUAUUCGAUAGACCAGAUAAUGUUAAGGCUAUUCAGUGCAUUUUACUUGUUUUGCAUUUUCUGUUCUCCUCUGACCGGUCCUCUGUUGUCCCCCCUGCAGGAAGAGUUGGAGAACUUUCCUCUGUCCAUCAUCCAGAUGAGUCAGACGGUCCUGAAUCAGACGCGUUACCCCUCUGUGCUGUUACUGGUGUGCCAGGACAAGGAGCAGCACAAACCUGACAUCCACUUUUUCCACUGUGACGAGGUGGAGGUGAGUCUCACCUUGAACGUUACAGGCUUGGCUCUGUUGGCGUUCUGUCAUGCCUGUGCAGGAUUGGCUGGCUUUGUGUUUUGUGUCAUUCAUAAAUCCUAGCUGCAAUUGUUGUAGUGCCAGAUCAGAUUUCAGCAGUGUUGGUGGCAGUAUGCCUGUGUGUUUGUGUGUAUUCAGAGAAUUUGCUCAGGUGAAAAUCUAUCCCUGAAAGGGUGUACGACUGUAUCUCAUCAUAAAGAUAAUGGCCUUAUAUAAUUCAGAAUAUCCACUAGUACAGUUAAAGACAGGCUGUAUAAAAAUCUGAUCAUAAAAGACCGAAGAGAUCUAAAUGUAAUGACCUUUGGAUUCAUACAACCUACAUAACACAGAGCGUCUUUGAAUGGAAGUGAAGUUUAUAUCUAUUAAAACUGUGAAAGUGUGUCUUCAAAGUGAGGAAAGAAGCAAUUGACUGAUAAAUGCAUUUAAUUUGGCUUACAUUCAAACAUGCUUGAUAGUACAUUUAGCCGCCUCAGAUUUGUUGUUACCCUCUAUUGAAGAGUUGGCAUCACUGAUUGCAUGGCAGGUCAAAUAUCUAAACAAACAAUUGAAAAACUGUGCAUUAAAUCAACAUCAAACCCUCAAUGCUCAGCCUUUAGUAAGCAUUAAGAGGUAAAAAAAUCAACCUUUCUUCAGGAAAGAGCAGUCAAAUUGUGGAUUACUUUUUAGUUGUGAAUGUACCUGACCCUUCUAGCUGAAACUGUGUGGUUACGGUUUCAUAUGUGCAGCUGCAAAGAUAAAAAAAAAAAUGUUUUUAUUUCCCUCCCUGUCCUCAGGCUGAGAUGGUUCAUGCAGAUAUAGACAGUGCCAUUGGGGACAACAAGCAUGGGAAGAAGAUGAGGCUACAAACACUGAAGUGAGAACGCACUGCAGCAGACACACAGAUGUGUACACCUACGUAUUAAUCUACACAAACACAAACGCACAUAAACACUGGAGGAGGUGACUGACCCGUGACUCGCUGCAUGAAGGUUUGACAGCUCCCUUUCUUUCUUUCUCUAGGGUGAACCAGGAGAAAAUUUCCCGUCACAGAGAGACCAUCCUCCCCCCUUCAGGUCCUAAGGGUCCUCCACCUGCUGCAAAGGGAAGAGUGGCAGCUACAAACACACAGGGUGAGAAUAACUGUAAAUGCAUGCAAAGUUGCUCUUAUUAGACAUAAAGCUAAUGUUUUUCUCACUCCAAUAAUUUAACCAAUGUGGAUGUAGACAGAAGAGCUUCACAGAAUGACCCAGAGUCACAUGAAAAACUGGCUCAGCGCAUUGAGAAGGAUGUGGUGAGUGUACUGCACCUGUUGUUACAUCACACAGCUCCUUUCUGAAUCUUGAAAUGUUGUCUCCUUCAUAUUUAACUCAAGGCUUUGUCUCUCACAGCAAAUCCUCAACUGUGCCCUGGAUGACAUUGAGCUCUUUGUGGCACGGCUGCAAAAGGCAGCAGAGGCCUUUUCUCAGCUCAACAAACGCAACAAGAGUAAGAAGAAUAAGAAGAAAGGACCAGCAGGUCUGUGCCCCUUUCUUCUUCUUCUGUGGUGGCACGAAGGCAGUGACAAUACGCUGAUAUUGCUCACAGUGCAAUGUUUGUCUUUUUGUGUCCUGUGGCCUGGGACUCUCAUCCAGUGAUGCAUGUGUGGUACAGUAGUUGUGGCCAGUUUGGUGUUGUGUUUACAAAAAUAACGCUCAUAGCUCAGCUGGUGUCACUGAGGUAAUAUGUUUACUCCUCAGUCACACCCUGGAGGUGCUGAUCUGGUGUAUUUGUGUCACGUAACAUCUACAAAAUUGGUUAUUUGAAUUUGUUAUUAUCAGUGUGUUCUUGUGACAGUAUUUCUAAUAUGUUUUUGACUUAUUUGGUGAAAAUAUAUGAAUUAACAGAGCAAUAAGUGCCAGAAGAUGAGUGUACUGAAAGUGUCCAACAUUUUUUUUUUUUUUUUCUCUGAGAAAAUCAAUCAUGUUACUUUACGAUGUUGUAUCACCAAAUGCACUGACACUAGCGUGAUGCUGUGUUUUUGUCGCUAUACGCCUCAUCUAGCUGUGACCCAUUUUGUCUGCCAGGUCAGGGACAAACAUGCACACAGUGAGACCAUUUGUAAUUAGCGAUAUAGUAGAACCAACAAAUGUGCGUUGUCCCUGACAGCAGAGACAGAUGUGCUGAAAAUAACAAAACUCUGUGCAGAGAACCAGUUUCUCAACUUGGAGGUGUGAAAUCACCUGACAGGUCACUUAGUGAAAUUGUGAAACUGGCCUAUCGAGCGUUUGAUUUUUAUUCCUCAUUACAUCCAAAUUUAGAAAAGUGAACCCUGAGUUACAGGGUUGUGAGAUUUUUUUGUACAUUCUGAGUCCUGAGUUGAGAAACCCUGAUGAAGCACAUUUUUGUCUGAAGUAUUUUACUCUCUGGCCGAGCUGAACUUUUCAUCUCUAAAGCUGUUGAUUAACUUACCAUCGCUGUAUUUCACUGAAGGUAAAAGUCGUAAACUCUGCUGGAAAUUAAAUAAUAAAAUGUGGGUUUAUGCCUUUGAAUCCGGGCCAGAGAGUAAACCAGUAUCGUAUGUUAACUUGUAACUCUGGAGUCUGCGUGUGGUCAUUGUUGCUCUGGUUGUUUACAGAGGGCAUGCUGACCCUGCGAGCUAAGCCCCCCACUGAAGCAGAGUUCAUUGAUAGCCUGCAGAAACUGAAGCUGGCCUUCAACCUCUUGGUGAGAUAUCACAGCUCCUAACCAUCCUCAUUUAUCUGAGUCCCUCCCUUUAUCACCUUUUUCACUGUCUGUCUGUCUGUCACUGCGCCCCCGCAGGCCAAACUGAAGAAACACAUACAGAAUCCCAGUGCGUCUGAGCUGGUCCAUUUCCUCUUCGGCCCUCUGGAGCUGGUAAGAUUAGUCAUCUCUUUAGUGUCUGAUAUCAGGUAAAUGUAUAUUUAUAUGUAUGUAUAAAGAGAGAGUUAGAGAUUUAUAUAUAUAGUUUUGGGCAUCUUGACUUUCUCAGAACAGCUGAAGAGAGACAGGAAAUUUGAGGAGAAGAGAGCGAAAGAUAUGCAGCAAAGAGUCGUGGCUGGAAGUUAAACCAGAGACCUCUGCAACAAGGACUAUAGAUUCUGUCUGUGUGAAGCUGACACCGCUAGGCCCCAGAUAUCGAUGCCAUCAGUCUGAGCACUUUGUGGUUUUAAACUAUAAAUUCAUGUCACGCUUUACAGUUUCUCUCCAGCCUGAAAUAACCUCAGUGUUGACUGAAUUUAAAAGCACAUCCAUCAAAAAGCUCCUUUAAAUGUCCUGCACCGUCACAGUCAGACAUUCCUCUAAUUGUUUUUUUAUUUAGAGCACCACACCCUCUGUCGCUCAGCUUAACUCUCUCUAAACUGGAGCGACGUGGCUCCGACGUGCACUCAGGUACAGCCACACUUACGUAAUGUUGGUUUUCUCAAGCAGCAGUGCCGGGCCACACCUUCGAUACUGCUGGUUAGAAAACACAGAGACGCUGUGUUGGGCUGCAUGCUGUUAUGACACUUUAACCUCUGGACAUGUUGGAUUUGCUUGAUAAGGUCAAGAUAAAGCCUGAGCAGUUAUAUUCAAAGUAACUCCUGCAGGUCUCUAGCGAUCCCAAACAAUGAGUCUGGGCACUCAGCAGUUUUGGAUACAGUAGAGGUGUUCAAUUCAAUCUACAACAUUCAUAUGUUAUGAUAUUUCUCUAUUUCUAUGUUUUGCUUGGAAAGCUUGUGUGGUUUACUCCUGUUGGUAUCUUCAUUCUAUAGAUGUAAACAAAAGAAGACUGGAUUAAUACAUAAAUAAGGACAGCUAUGGAAAAAAUAGACUGUAAGCCUAUACAAGGAUGAUGUAUUUCUUGACACAGUAUUCAUCACAUAGUGAACAGAGUGUGUUUUAAAGUCAGUUUCAUAAAGUGAUUAAUUAUUACCUGCUCACCCUUUUUACAAUUCACAGACAAUCCCUGUUCUUUUUAACUGACAUAAUUGGGUUGUCUCUACUUUCAUACCUCCCAGAUAAUGUCAUCAGGUUAAACGGCAGAAAUGUGUUGUUUUGUUUAAUUUCCUCAGUGAGCACCAUGGCUGGAUAACAAACCUCAGUUUGACACGUACAAAGCAAUCUAACCACUCAAAUUCCAAAAAAAAUAUUGUGCAGUAACAUCUCUCAUCUUACUUUAAAUUUUAAUCUUCUUUGAUUACUUACAUGAGGAAUUUGUGAAGAAUGAUAAUUGAAAACAGUGUUUUCAUCAUUUACUCUGAUCCAUAACCACUUUAGGGGGAUUUAUCUAUCCAUCUAUUAAACUGAGCUUUUAACCAUUCGGGAGCCGGGUAGAGGUCUAAGGUCAUCAAACCAACUUCUGCUGAAAGAUCAAAACACAAACACUGGGCUGACCGAGCGUUUUCAGUUGCUGGUCCCAGGCUCUGAGUUAAGCUCCUCACCAAAAUGAGACAUUUUUCUGACCUGGGCCUUUUCAAAUCUCGACUGAAAACGUAUUUAUUUAUGCCGGCUUUUAAUACCCAGGAGCAUGGCGACACUUUGUUUUAUUGCAUUGUAUCACAUUCUUUUUUUAUUGCUUUUUUAUUUAUUCAUUUUUAUUUACUAUGUAUUGUAAAGCACUUUGGUUCACCGUAAAGGUUGUUGUAUAGGGCUGUAUAAAUAAAGCACAUUUACAUUUACUUGAAUACAUCUACAGGUGCUGCAGAGUUGUGGAAGUCCUGAACUGGCUCGUUCGAUAGUUUCCCCUCACCUUUCAAAAGAUGCAGUUGACUUCUUGCGAGGACAUCUCACCCCCAAAGAGAUGACCAUCUUUGAGAUACUGGGAGAUGGAUGGACCAAACCCAGGUACACAAAAGGCUGCAUGUGUAUUUAUUCUCAUUUACAGACAAUACCUGUGUGACUAUCUGCAGCUAUCAGACACAUAGACAUGAGUGCAUUAUUAAUGCUGCUGUCUAUGAGGAGGUUAACCUGUCCUGUCCCUCCUCCUCCUCCUGCAGAGCAGAGUGGCCGAGGGAUCAGUGCGCUCCUCCUUAUUACCCAAAGUUUCGAAACGGUUGGGAACCAGCGCCAGAGCUCUUCAGGACAGCUCCAUGGGAAACAGAGGGAUCCAAAGGGCCUCUGAGUUCUCCCACCAGCCCAGAUUACAGAAAACAUUCAAGUGAAGAUGUAAGGAUUUUAAUAGUUUGCCAGGUUUACUGGUCCCAUUGAUUCAAAAUGUGUCUAAACGACCUGCUUUCUUUCUCCAGUAUUAUGGAACUCAUUCCUCAAGCUCAUCAAAUGGGUUAGUAGUUAAGUAUCCAUCUACUUAAUUUCCUUCUAACAUAAAUAAAUGGUACAGUAACAACAAGAAUCAAUUUGUCAUCAUAGGUCUUACAAUGGGAUGCCCCACAGCCGCAAAUAUGCCAAAAUCCGUUACCACUUUGUGGCACGAAACGCCAAUGAGCUGUCUGUACUUCAGGAUGAAAUCCUUGAGGUUAGAAAAUAUUCUCUUGUACUCAUCUUUUGGGUUAUAUUUUUAAGAAACAGAAAUUGGUUUGAUUCUAGAUUCCAGUGCUGUGAAGUGAAAUGUGACAUACGUCUUACAGGUAAUAGAGGAUGACAAACAGUGGUGGAAGUUAAGAAAUCGCAGCGGCCAGGCUGGUUACGUCCCCUUUAACAUCCUGGAUGUCGUGAAGAUAGAGGAGCCAGAUGGCGUCUUCAGUCAGGUGACCUGCUGCACAUACAUCAAACCCAAUGUGUCACCUACACACGUUUUUUGAUAGCUUUGUUUUACAACUUUCUUCUAUCUGCAGCGUUAAUUGUUCUUUUUUCCCAUUUGAAUCAGGAUCACAUUUACUCACUUUGCACGUAAAAAAUAUCACUUAUCUCUGUUUGCAAACUCAGGCAUGUUGUUCACAGGUGUUAAGAAUGUUUAAUUUCUUUAUCAAUACUUGUGGAAAAAUGUACUUUUCAACAAGCUAAAUUUUAUUUUAGGUUAAAGACCAAAGGUUAACUUGGACUGAAAAAAGAGCUUUUCUGGGAAAUGUAGAUGUCAUGAAAAAGGGAUUUCUAGUUAUUAGUAAGAUGAUUGGAUGGAUUAAAGGUGCAUCAGAAAAGACUUGGUAGAAAUGGAAUAUAACAUCCAUAAGUAUGCUUAAAAGGAUCAUAUUUAUCAUGCUAACAGGAGCCACCAUCCUUUCUGAAACUUCACCAACAAAAAGGGUGAGCAAGAGAGCGUAUCGAUGUAGAAUCUGACAGCUAGCUCAAUGCUAAAUAUCCUCAAUUCUACGGACCGCACCUUUAAAAGACCACAGUUGAAAAGGUCAAAUAGCAUUUACAAGUAAGCAUUUUGAAAUUAAGCAUAAAAUUUACAACAGAAUAACCCAAAAGUACUUUUAAAACAGCACAGAUCAAUAAUAUACAAAAGUGUAACAAGAUUUUAAUUUUGGAGGAAUUGGUUCUGGAUCAGCGCAGCUUUGGUUACUGUCUUUCUUCACCUGUUAUUGUGCAGCAGGAUGUUCCCACCCACAGUGAAAGCCUACGUUCUUAAAAACACGCACUUCUGCAUGCAAGUUCGCCAACGCCCUGCAGCAGCUCCUGCAUGCAGCUGCUCUUCCUGGUGUCAAAUACUUUCACACACAGUUGUUUUUUUUUUUUUGCUUUUGGCUCCUGGGCAAAAAUGUAUCAACCAGCGGAGUGAAAGACAAACCUGUUUUUGUUAUAACACUGCCAGUGGUUGGGCUUCCCAUCAACUGUGUUUGUGUUUGUGUGUGCAGCAAGGCUACAGAACAUCCCCUCCUGGUACCCUCGGCCAUGGAGACAACUUCAACAAGGGAAGAAACAAAGACAAAAGUAAGGGAGUAUAAAUAGAGUCAUUCCCUAGUUAUCUUCUAAUCUAAGAAGCUCCUACGGACUGCAGUUCUUGGUCUGAUGUUUUUAUUGCCCUAUUUCUAUGUUUCAGUGAUGGAUGAGGUCAACAACGAAUUGUUAAUGAAGAUUACAGCUAAUAAACAGCCAGCUACCAGGAAAAUUAGAGUAGAGAAACCAUCUGGCAACCAGACACCGCUGACGUAUGAGUCAACCCCGGAGCAGGUGACCACGUGGCUCAGCAUGAAAAGUUUCUCCAAACAGUAAGUCCCCCAAACCUCCUUAAUACAAACCAAAUCUCUAAAGUUUCUACUCGCAUGUUGUCAGAAAGUGUAAAAAGAUAAAACAGCAAGAUAAUGAAGCUUUCUGAAUCAGGGAAGAGAUGCAAUAAUUGAUCUGAAGUGUUGAGUAUGUAAGCAGGAUCUCCUGGACUCUCUUUCUGCAGGACUGUUGAUUGUUUGGGGAUCUUGACUGGAGCUCAGCUGUUUUCUCUCAACAAAGACGAGUUAAAAGCCGUGUGUGGAGAUGAAGGCGGCCGUGUCUACUGUCAGGUUACCGUUCAGAAAGGCCAGCUCGAGGUCAGUCACACACCUGUUUGAUCCUGCCAGGAAACUCCUCCCAGCUUAUAUUUAAGACAACGCUGUUUAAUCUCCUGUUAGAAACAAGCAAAACACCACAAAAGCCACAAACAGAUGUGUGUAAUUAUCCCGUUUUAACUUUUGUCCAGGCCUGUAAGGGCAAGUGAAACAGGUACAUUUAAGCAGUUGUCAGGUGUCAGACCACUUUUAUUACAGGUGCAGACUAAAAUAUGGGCGUGUGCGCUGUGCACAUUAUAAUCACCAAAGAGCUGUUGACAGAGGAUUAUUUAUCUGUUCAACAACUCCUCCAUAGAAAAAAUAACGCUUAAACAAGCAUUAAAUACAGUAAGACAACUCCCACAAAAAAGUAAUCUUCUAAAUCUUCGUUAAAAUAAAUGAACAGUAAAUUAACCACAAACUGCAAAUCAGACUCUGUUUUAUAAGACUAUAUCUAUAAUCACUUACCUGUUAACAAAUCUUCUCUGUUACCUGACUGUGAAUUUCUCACUUUUUAUCAUAUAGCAUUUUUAAAAAUUAAUACAUUUUCUGAAAAGAUGACAAAUAUUAAUGAUAAUAAUAAUAACGGGUCCUGACCUGGUCAUUAGAGGCUGAUUUUGAGCAGCAAGGGGGGGAAUUAUUGGUCUUAUAUUUGUAAAAUAUAAACGUGUGUAUCAGGGCGGCACACUGGUGUAGUAGAGUUUGAAUGUUCUCCCUGUGUCUGCGUGGGUUUACUCUGGGUACUCCGGUUUCCUCCCACAUCCCAGGUUAGGUUAAUUGGUCACUUUCAAAGCUGCCCGUAGGUGUGAAUGUGAGCGUGGAUGGUUGUUUGUUUCUAUAUGUCAGCCCUGCAAUGAACUGGCGACUUGUCCAGGGUGUCCCCUGCCUUCGCCCGAAGAUGCUGGGAUAGGCUCCAGCCCCUUCCGUGACCCCCAAUGGGAAAAAAGCGGUAGAAAAUGAAUGAAUGAAAUGUGUGAAUCUUUUGACACCAAAAUAUGCUUCUUUUUUAGUUUCUCUGGGGUUUUUCUUUUCCAUUUUCUACAAUCUAAGUCACUAAAGAUCCUAAAAAUGUCUGGGGUUUUUUUUGUAUUUUGAAUAAACACAAGAUACUUACUCCUUUUUGAAAAGAUUCUACUCAGAGAGGAAACAACUUCCACUCUCUGUUGUGCCCUCUUCCUUUUGCUUUUGCCUCACUAACAAGUCACCUAACCUACCAAAUGACCCUGAUACACAGUACCGCCUUCUUAAAAACAAAACACCCUCCUUUUCCAUCAGGAUUGACAAGCUCAGGGCAUUUGACCAUGCUGAUACCACUUAUAUGGCCCCCACACCCCGUCCCUGGAUUUAAAUGGGCACCCAGAGAGCCAAUAAAGAAGUGGGCCUCACCCUUCUUUGCUGUUUCAUCAAGUUAGGCCAACAACAGCUCAGUAUCCCAGAACCACCGCCUCUCAACCACCCAUCAAACCCACAUGUGAUGAAAGGAAAAGACAACAGUACAGUCAGGAGAGCUGUUAGAAAAGGGACACAGAAGUCUACUGGGCCAGACCUUAUACCUGAGGAAGAGAGGGAGGAAGCGAUGGAGAGAGGAGAAAAUAAACUGUUAUCUCUCAGCUUUAUUUUGGCUGGCAUUGAAACAACUAUGACAGAUGACAGAUUUAACAGGUUUCAUUUCAGUGUAUCUCACAUUUUGUUCCGUUAUCCAAUUCUUUUCAUUAAAAUAACUUUUUUAAAGGAGCAUUCACACUAAAAUAAUCUUUACUUCCUAUCUGUUGCUGUUGAUUGUGAAAAUUCUCCAUUGAGCGCAUUUAGAUUCUAGGAUCUGUCACUUUUACAUCUUUUGGGGUGUUUUGUGAAUAUGGGAUCCUCAAAGUGUAUUUUUAAAAAUCUAACAACUGAAGUGUCUUUUUCAGAAUUCCAGUGGGGAGUCAGAGCUGCAGGAAAUCAUGAAGAGGAGGCAAGAGAGGAUCAGCUCUGGCGGCACAGACUGAUAGUGUGACCCAUCAGGACUGUUCCCUCCCCUCAUCCUUUACUGCAGCUUCUUCAGUUAUUCUGUUGAUAAUAACCUGCAAUGUUGUAUACAUUUUUAGUUGUAUAUUUAUUUUAUAUCAACCAAUGUGUAUGUCUAUGUAUUCAGAUGUUUUAUUGUGUAAUUAUAGAUCUGUUUUUUUUCUCUUAGCCUCCUGAAAUUCAGUUGUAUAAUAAGAGGAACAUGUCUGUACAGUUAAGUGUGUGUGCGUGUAUGUGUGGGUGUGGGUGCAUGUAGCGUAAGAAUUUGUAGAAACAGUGUUUUAGAAGCCUUUGCUUGUCGUCAUAAUUGCAGCUGUUUUACUGAAUGACUUUGCUUUCACAUAUCUAUAUCUGUGCCAGAAUUUGUGACACAUUUUCUUAUGUAUAGCCAAUAAUUGUCAUACUGCUGUGUUCAGGUUAUGUAUACAAAAAAACACACACACACACACUAACUUAGUCCUGAUAUCAAAGAAGUUUCUGUUUAUAAUCAGGAUUCAGGUGAGCUUGAAGCACAGAGAAACUGUCAUUAAUCCUGCAGGAGGCAGUGAGAUACAUUCAGUGAAAUGCUCUUUCAGUGUAAACUGCACAAACAAGCAGGAAUCAUAAAUAUACAAAAAAGUAUGUCGUUCUGAUGAAAAAUAGUCCAGUUUAAAUUUGAACAGAAUCUUUGUUGAAUGGUUGUAAAUAACAGGGUACCAACUUUGAAAUGAAUAUGAUUAAAGAUAAUUUGUUAAAUAUUUGAUAUCAUGCCUGUACAUAUUUCUUGUAUUUGUCUGUGAAUAACAUAUACAAGAUGUGGUAGAAUAAUACAAUCAAUAUAGCUGUUUAUUGUGUAAUGUCAAAUCAUUAAAAGAGUUGUAAGUAAAGAAGUCAUACAGAAUAAAUACGAAGAAGUGUAAUUGUCAUGAUGUCCCUCUAAAACUGUUUCUCAUGAUAAAGAAAUAACUCUGUUUUCACGACUGGACUCAGAGGACUGUACAAACUGUUGUUCAAAAACACCGUAAGAUGAUUUAGAGAAAACCUGUGUGAGCUUCAAACUGCAAAGAGUCCAAAAAGAGCAAACUACAAACACCACUGAUUAGAAAAGAUCAUUGUCACACUUAUGUGUGGUUAUGGAACCAUACAGAUACAAUCAAUGAACAAUGCCAAAGAGGAGGAAAGCACUCUUUUCAAAGCAGUUUAGGACAUCAACCUGGUCAUUUAUGGAGAUAUGCAUCAAGCCAGAGGUCUCCUGAGGUCUUCAGUGACCUGAAACAGAAAAACAGUUUUCCUAUUAGCCAAAAGAAACGUGGUUUUGUUGUUUUAUUUUUGCACUUUUCUCUGUGUCCAGGUGAUUUUUAUUCACCCCUUUAGCCCUAUCAGAGCAAAUAUCAUGUAUUCUUUAGGCUUUAUAUAACCCUUACCUUUCUCUGCUGUCACAAAACUUUGCUACGACUUACCUGAUAACAUCAGCGAGGCCCUGCCACAUGGUUUUCACUUGGUAAGGGAUCCCGUGUUUCUCACACAGAGCCUGGACCUGCGGAGCCACCCGGUGGUAGUUGUGGCGCGGCAUUGUAGGAAACAAGCUUCAGAGGCGAGAUCGAGAAAAUCAAUGAGAAGCAACAGUGUCAAUAAUGUUGAUCAACUGUCUCUCAAAAUUUUUAUUUCCUACAAGUUUAUUUUUUUUAUAAUUUACACUGCAGUUUGUUUUUGCAGAAAAAUACAGCAGAUGUGAACUUAAAAAGACAAGGAAUGUGGGUCCAAAAGGAAAUUCAGAUAGGUGUGAAGGACUCUAAUAUGUUUUUAUUUAUAAAUACUUUAAAUAAACUAUUAAAAAGCUAAAAUGAUCAUACAUUCAUGAUUCAGUACCCUGCGAAUUUCCUUUUGAACCCUCAAUCUUUCUCCGCUUUAACUCACUGGUGUUCAAUCUGAAAGUUGAGGUGUCCACUGAACCAGUCGUUGAAGAGGGACUUCUCAAUAUUGCAGGUGGCCUGUAACUAACAACAGAAGAUGAGACGAUAAAGAGAGUGAGAGAGUUGAAUAAAUCAGCAGCAGCAUUUCCAGGUGCUUUUCAUCAGAGUCAGACUGUUUUCAUAAAAUAAAGAUACCUGCAUGGUCA